CUGAGGGUGAGGGGUUUAUCUAAUGACAGGUUUGUUCCUCACAGUUCGACACGAUUCCAGAAACCGUGGGCUCUCCGAACAGCGUCACACUGAAAGCCUUCACCAUGCACAUGGAGGAGGUGAUUGAGAGUAAAGUGAUGGAGGACCCUUCUGCUGAAGGUGAAGAUGGUUUGGUGACAGUCUCAGGUCUGUACACACAAAACCCGUUACAGCGCAGCGUCAGUCAGCUCAUUGACAAGAAAGAUGAGGAAUCAUGGGAGCCACACUUCAGACGCCUCGACAGCGGCCUGUUUGAAGGUGAGGAGUUUGUGGACACCAUCAAAGGCUUCAGCACAGUCAGGAAGGAACACACCAUGUUCACCGACACCAACCUUUGACCUUCAUCAUCAGCACUGUCUCCAAACAUCAUCUCAGAACGGAGCGGAAAAUGAACUGAACUGAUCUGUUGCAUUGAGAACUGCUCUGGGACUUUAUGGACUCGUGAU